AUGGCUGCCGCUAAAGGUCUAAAGCAAAUUCUCGCGAAACAACCGACCGACGUUGUCAUCCUCUCCUCGUUACGUACUCCCGUCACCCGAGCAGUCAAAGGUGGUUUCCGAGAUGCCUACGACCAUGAACUCCUCUCCCACGUCCUGCGCGCUACCCUCGCUGCGAAUCCGAACCUCGACCCCGCGAAAAUUGACGACGUUGCGGUAGGUGUGGUUCUCGCUGAACUAGGCGGCUCAAAAGCUGCUCGUAUGGCGCAGCUACAUGCCGGGUUCAAUGAACGCACAGGCUUGCACACUGUGAACCGAGCAUGCAGUUCAGGUCUUGCUGCCGUCACGAGCAUUGGCAACAUGAUUACAACCGGACAGAUUGACGUGGGCAUUGGUGCAGGCAUGGAGAGCAUGACAAAGAAUUACGGAAGCAAGGCGAUCCCUACUAUGCUCUGGGACGAACUCAGGAACAGCCCCAUUGAUAAUGUACAAGACUGCAUCAUGCCCAUGGGUCUCACCAGUGAAAAUGUGGCAAAGAGGUAUGGAGUGAAUAGACAAGAUCAAGAUGCCUUUGCCGCCGAGUCGCAUCGCAGAGCUUCCAAGGCACAGAAAUCUGGCCUGUUUGAUUCGGAAAUCGUUCCUGUCAAGGUCAGACAAUACGCACCAGAGCAUCCUGAUGCACCACCCAAAGAAGUCGUGGUUGACAAAGAUGACGGUAUCAGACACGAUGCCAGCCUUGAGAAGAUGGCUAAACUGAAACCGGCUUUCUCACAAGAUGGGUCUUCAACAGCGGGCAACUCCAGCCAGAUCUCGGACGGCGCUGCUGCAACAUUGCUCAUGCGCAGGUCAACGGCCAAUGAGCUCGGUCUCACCAAGAGUAUCAUUGGGAAGUGGGUAGGCACCAAGGUCGCCGGCUGCAGACCCGACGAGAUGGGUAUUGGUCCUGCUGUGGUCAUCCCGAAGCUCCUCGACUAUACCGGCUUAACGAAAGAGGAUGUCAAUAUCUGGGAGAUCAAUGAGGCCUUUGCCAGUCAAGCUUUGUAUUGCAUUCGCAAGCUGGGGUUGGAUACCGACGUGGUCAACCCAAGAGGCGGUGCGAUUGCCUUGGGCCACCCAUUGGGUAUGACUGGAACGAGACAGCUCGCGACCUUGAUGCCGCAAUUACAAGAGGGACAGGUCGGCGUUGUGAGCAUGUGCAUCGGUACUGGUAUGGGCAUGGCCGGCCUCUUUGUCAGAGAGUAG